AUGGCGAAAAUCGAUGCCAAGGCCUCGAAGAAGCGCAAGGCUGUCACUCGCGAUGUGGAGGAGGAAGCGGGUGUCUUCUCUGGUGAUGAGCUGAGCCCGGAGAACCUGGAUGGAGCUCUUUCGGACAGCGCCAAUGACCUGUCGGAGAGCGAGGACGACGACAGCGAAUCUGAAAUCGAGCUCAUUGACGAUUUCAGCUCGGAAGAUGAGGAAGACGAGGAACCUGAGCUUGACAGUGAUGAGAUUCCCUCUGAUACCGAGGAAAAAAUGCCCAAAAAGGCCACCAUUGCCGACCACGAGUCAAACGUUCGAAUUGUCAAGGACGCCAAUGGAAACGAACGCUACCUCUACGACGAAAUUAACCCCGAUGACAACUCCGACUACUCGGAUGUCGAAGAGAAUGCCAACACAAUUGGUGACAUCCCGCUGUCAUUCUACGACCAGUACCCUCACAUCGGCUACGACAUCAAUGGCAAGAAGAUUAUGCGCCCCGCCAAGGGCGAGGCUCUGGAUGCAUUGCUGGAUAGUAUUGAGAUCCCCAAGGGCUGGACCGGUCUUACGGAUCCCUCUACAGGAAAGCCCUUGGAGCUCAGCCAGGAGGAGUUGGAGCUGUUGAAGAAGGUGCAGAUGAACGAGACCACCGUUGAUGGCUACGAUCCGUAUGAGCCCACCGUGGAAUGGUUCACCAGCCAGCAGGAGAUCAUGCCCCUCAGCGCUGCUCCUGAGCCUAAGCGUCGUUUCGUGCCGUCCAAGCACGAGCAAAAGCGGGUGAUGAAGCUCGUCAAGGCUAUCCGCGACGGCCGUAUCCAGCCUUACCGGCCGCCGGAGGAGCGGGAGGAGAAGGAAGAUGAUCUUGUCAACUACGACCUGUGGGCCGACGAGGUUGAGCGACCUGAUCACAUCAUGCAUAUCCCCGCGCCUAAGCUUCCGCCUCCCGGUUAUGAGGAGAGUUACCACCCUCCUCCGGAGUAUCUGCCUAGUAACAAGGAGCGCAAGGAUUGGGAGGCAAUGGAUCCCGAGGACCGCGAGCAGGACUACCUGCCCAACGACUUCGGCUCCCUCCGCAGAGUUCCUGGAUACGACAACUUCGUCCAGGAGAAGUUCGAGCGUUGUCUGGAUCUCUACCUUGCUCCCCGUGUGCGGAGAAGCAAGCUGAACAUCGACCCUGAGAGCCUUCUGCCCAAGCUUCCCAGCCCCGAGGAAUUGAAGCCGUUCCCGACUACUUGCGCAACCGUGUUCCGCGGACACAAGGGCCGUGUUCGCUCCCUCAACGUUGACCCCACUGGAAUCUGGCUUGCGACAGGUGGUGACGAUGGUACUAUCCGUGUUUGGGAAAUCCUCACCGGCCGUCAGCUGUGGAGUGCGAAGCUUAGCGACGAAGACGCAGUCAAUGUGGUCCGCUGGCGACCAGGCAAGGAUGCCAUUAUCCUUGCCGCCGCCGCGGGUGACGACGUCUUCCUCGCCGUGCCUCCGAUUGCCGACCCCGAAAUUGAAAAGGCCAGUCUGGAUAUCAUCGACGCUGGCUGGGGAUACGCUGCCUCGCAACCCCCUCCCAGCGCCGCCGAGGCCAACAAGAAGAGCACACCUCCCAAAUGGAUCCGACCCUCGUCCGAACUGGCCGACGCCGGUGUGUGCGUGGUUAUCCCUCUCCGGUACAUCGCCAAGUCGAUCUCCUGGCACCGCCGUGGCGAUUACUUCGUUACCGUCUGUUCCGGCGCCUCAACGCCCGCCUCUGUUGCGAUCGCCAUCCACACUGUCUCCAAGCACCUCACCCAAUUCCCCUUCCGACGCCGUCUUAAGGGUGGUGGCCCACCGCAGACAGCCCACUUCCACCCCUCGAAACCGAUUCUGUUCGUUGCCAACCAGCGCUCGAUCCGCGGAUACGAUCUCUCCCGCCAGCUGCUGGUCAAGAUCCUGCAACCCGGCGCACGCUGGAUCUCCUCGUUCGACAUCCACCCCACCUCGUCGAGCGCCUCAGGAGGUGACAACAUCAUCGUGGGUUCGUACGAUCGCCGCCUGCUCUGGCACGAUCUGGACCUGUCGGCUCGCCCCUACAAGACCCUCCGUUACCACCGCAAGGCUAUCCGCGCCGUCAAGUUCCACCCGGGUGGCCGGUACCCGCUGUUCGCGGACGCCAGUGACGACGGAUCGCUGCAGAUCUUCCAUGGCAGCGUUACAGGCGACAUGCUGAGCAAUGCUAGCAUCGUUCCUCUCAAGGUUCUCAAGGGCCACAAGGUUACAGCCGAGCUUGGUGUCUUGGAUAUCGACUGGCAUCCGCGCGAAGCAUGGUGUGUCAGUGCCGGUGCGGAUGGAACGUGCCGGUUGUGGAUGUAA